AUGCAAAUGGAAGUCGAAUUUCCUCCCUCCCUCAACUUCUCCAACAAACGAAGUCGUUCCAGCAGCCCUGCUCCACAUGAACGUCCUACAAAACGCCUCUUCCUCAACCACGCUGAGUCAGAGGCCUUCAAUGGUUUCGAUCACACUCCGCCUAUGUCGCUGAGUGGUAGCUCGCGGAAUGGUAGCCGUCAACCUUCCGAAGAUUGGGUGCGACAAGCCAACGACCUGCGCAUCGACAGCCCUCUAACGACCGAUCCAAUGAAUGAAGCAUUGCAGGGGACAAUAGUAGAGCGAUAUCCAAUUACUGAUGAGGACGUUAUGAUGGACGUUGCCAUGAUUUCGAGCCAACAGAUGAAAGAAGACGCUGAGCCACCAUCCAACCCUACCUCUGCGAGCGCAAUUCUUCCACCUCCCUUCCUUGCAGAAACUCCGCUUGCUCAGCAGGACUCUUCCUUACUUGCUGUGCCGUCUGUCCCUCGCUUCCAACCCCAGGGGGACCCCAAACCGAGACCACGCAUGACCAUGGGUCCCCGUGCAGGCUGUGAAAAGUGCCAGCUUGGUGUGAAAGGACAUUGGAUGCACCUAUCGUAG